AUGAUCUCUCUACGAUCGAUCGUUGUCAUUGUUUUCUUUAUCGGUUCCAUUAUUGGAAUAGUUGACGCGUUCUACUUGGGUGCUGAAGACCGCGAACCGUUCCAAAAACGUUUCUCCAACGGACGAAACAUCGCCGAAUACAUCGACGCCAUACGUAGAGGAGCACUUAGCGGCGGUAUGCCAUCGUACAUGAGGUAUUUGGACGUGAAUCGACGAGGAUUACAAUCCGAUAUGUGA